AUGAGCGAAGCGGAUUCAACUGUUGUGAACUGCACAUUUUCACCAAACAGCUCAUGGAGUGACGAUGUCGACAACGAUGAGUACUACAGUAUUGUCAAAGUCACAGAAACAACUAUUUUACCAGCUUUCGUGGGCUUUCUGUGUUCCACGGGCUUAGUGGGGAACAUCCUGGUACUAGUAACUAUUCUGAGGUCCCCCAAGAAGACGGUGCCCGACGUCUACAUGUGCAACCUGGCGGGCGCCGACCUGGUGCACGUGACCGUCAUGCCCUUCCUCAUCCACCAGUGGGCGCGAGGCGGGCACUGGGUGUUUGGCAACACGCUCUGCACCGUCAUCUCCUCGCUGGACAACUGCAACCAGGUGGCCUGCGCCGUCAUCAUGACGGCCAUGAGUCUGGACAGGUAUCUGGCGCUGGUUCACCCGUUCCGCCUGACAAGCCUGAGGACCCGCUCGAAGACCAUCUGGAUCAACCUGUGCGUGUGGGCCGUGGCCGGGGUGCUGGCGCUGCCCGCCUGGGUCCACUCCGAGGUCCUGCGCUUCCCCGACGGCCUGGAGAGCUGCUCCAUGAACCUGCCGUCCCGCAGGGCGCUGCUUUGGUACACCAUCUACCAGACCCUGGUGUCCUUCUUCCUGCCUCUACCACUCAUUCUCCUCUGCUACAUCCUCAUCCUCUGCUACACCUGGAGAAUGUACCAGAGGAACAACAAGGCGCGCCAAUACAGCAGCAGUGUGCCGAGGGAUCGGGUGGUGCGUCUGACCAAGACGGUGCUGGUCCUGGUGGCGGUGUUCCUGGUGAGCGUGGGGCCGUACCACGUGCUGCAGCUGGUCAACCUGAGCGUGCGCCGGCCCUCGCUGGCCUACCACACCUGCUACUACCUGUCCGUGUGCCUGAGCUACGCCGCCAGCAGCGUCAACCCCUUCAUCUACAUCCUGCUGAGCGGACACUUCCGCCUGCGGCUGCGCCGCCACCACACGGCACAGGGCCGCCAGCUCAACCCAACGACCCAGCACAGCGCACUCCGCCCCAGCCAGUGA